GGCGGCGGCGGCGUGGGCAUGGAGGCCCUGCGCGUCCUGGAGCUGUACAGCGGCAUUGGAGGCAUGCACCAGGCGCUGAGAGAAAGCUGUAUACCUGCACAAGUGGUGGCUGCCAUUGAUGUAAACACUGUCGCUAAUGAAGUAUACAAGUAUAAUUUUCCUCACACGCAGUUACUGGCCAAGACAAUCGAAGGCAUUACGCUAGAAGAGUUUGACAAAUUGUCUUUCAAUAUGAUUUUAAUGAGCCCUCCCUGUCAACCAUUCACCAGAAUUGGCCUGCAAGGUGAUGUGACUGAUCCAAGGACAAAUAGCCUCUUAUAUGUUCUAGAUAUUCUCCCAAGAUUACAAAAAUUACCGAAAUAUAUUCUUUUAGAAAAUGUUAAAGGCUUUGAAGUAUCUUCUACAAGAGACCUGUUAAUACAAACAUUAGAAAAUUGCGGUUUUCAGUACCAAGAAUUUCUAUUAUCUCCAACCUCUCUUGGCAUUCCAAAUUCAAGGCUCCGGUAUUUCCUUAUUGCAAAGCUUCAGUCAGAACCAUUACCUUUUCAAGUCCCUGGUCAGGUACUGAUGGAGUUUCCCAAAAUUGAAUCUGAAUAUCCAGGAAGAAAUACAGUAGAUACAGAAAAUAAAAUUGAAAGAAAGAAAAUUGAACCUAGUAUUUGCUUUGAUAAGAGCAGACAACGUUCUGGAAAAGAGGCCAUUCUUUUUAAGCUUGAAACUGUAGAAGAAAUUGACCGGAAACAUCACCAGGACAGUGAUCUCUCUGUGCAGAUGCUAAAAGAUUUUCUUGAAGAUGAUGUUGACGUGAAUCAGUAUUUUUUACCGCCAAAGUCAUUGCUGCGAUACGCUCUUUUGUUAGACAUUGUUAAGCCCACUUGCAGAAGGUCCACAUGCUUUACCAAAGGUUAUGGAAGCUACAUAGAAGGGACAGGAUCUGUGUUACAGACGACAGAGGAUGUGCAGAUUGAGGAGAUCUACAAAUCCCUUACCAAUUUGUCACAAGAAGAAAAGAUAACAAAAUUGUUAAUGCUUAAACUUCGAUAUUUCACUCCUAAAGAAAUAGCAAGUCUCCUUGGAUUUCCUUCAGAUUUCGGAUUUCCUGAGAAGAUAACUGUGAAACAGCGUUAUCGUCUACUUGGAAAUAGUCUCAAUGUGCAUAUAGUAGCUAAACUAAUCAAAAUCCUAUAUGAAUAAUUUAAAAAUGACUCUGAAAGAUGGUCACAUUAUUUCUUCAUAUCCAGAUGGUAAUUCUGAAAUUCUAUUUUGAAUUGAUUUUGAUGAAAUUCAACUCAACUACCUUUAUCUCUUUAAAAAGAAAUUUGGAUUUAUCAUAAAAAUGCCAGUUUUUUUCCUAAAUUUGU